UCCUGGAUAGCACUGAUCAUUUUUAUUUGGUCCUCUGGGGAGAUAAAUCUAGCUAGAUAGGUCACUAUUGGCAAGGCCUUCAGAAGCUUGAUAGAAAGCAUCUUCCAUUCAACUGUAUUAGAGCAGAAUUUUGGAGUGACCGUGGAAUCAAUCAAUCACAUUUUUACUUGUAAUGGGUGAGACUAUUUUUACAGAUACCUAUGGAAACUUCCACCUUCUCAAGAGCAGUAGAUGUCCCAAGGUCUGAACUAGCUAGUUUUUGUUGUAGACUUGUGUGCGAUGGCGGCUUAAGUAGCAGGUGUUUUCGAAGAGGAUGUUGACGCUAAUGUGUUAGCGUGGCCCUUCUCAAAAUCAACUUUCAACAAGAAGUAACCUUUCAAAUGAUCAUCAUCUGGUGAUUGGAACUGUUAUUUUUUCAAAUUGAAGCUCACUUGUUGUUGUUAGCUAUCUCUUUGAAAAUAAUGUGUUAUGUGUGUGAAACAUUGUUGCAUUUAAACUUUAGAUCACUGGUAACUUUGUGUGCUGAACAUGAUAACAAUGUUUGCAAUGGGAAGUAAUGGAUGUACACUUAGAUUUGGAAUUGCUUAGCCUAAUGUUUGUGUUUUUGUAUUCUUAUGAUUGGGACUUACUGGCAUAUUCUUUAACUGUGUGUGACUGCUGUCUUUCUAUUGGCUUACGUGUUUUACAAAAAGUGUUCUCUUCUACAUGGAGUGCGUUGGUAUUACAGUCGCUGUCCUUUCAGCAUCACAAGCCUGUCAAACUCGUAUCCUUUGAUGUGUCACUGUGGUCGUUUUUGGUGAUAGUGUGAUAGUGAUGGCGUUAGGCUACCAUAGGUUGUGUAAGCAGUGUGGUAGUUGUGGCUGGUAACGUUAGUGUGGGUGAUGUCUCUGAGUUUUACUUAAUUUUUUUGUUUGGUACAAUGUUUUGGAAGAUUUUUUCCCCCACUGAAGGCCAAAUAGCCACAGUUUACCGCUGGUAUUAUGCUCUUGUGUUGAGUGUACACGCGUACUACUUCCUAGUGACCUCUUGCCAGGUCCCCCUGCCAAUGAGGUUUCUAACCUCAAGGGUAUUUUCCUGGUUCAAUAGAAUAAAAUAAGAAAUACUAGAGGAUUUCCAUACAGAAGCAUUGAGCCAUUGCCAGUGCCCUGCCCUGCUUUCCCCUCUCAUCUCUAAUAGUCUGCCUGUACAUUGAUUUCUUCUCUCUCUCUCUUCUGGUCAGUUAUAAAGGCUUUCAGACAUUCAGAUCAACAAACACUACCCUGUGGAUCUGGGGAAGAGGUUUCUCUAACCACAACAUGCAUCUUCACAUGAAUUCUGAAGGCUCAACUCAAUACUUGGGAGACUGGAUGAAAUCUCUCUAGGGACAGCAAGGCAAGCCCCUAGUCCAGGCAGGAAGCAUCAUCAGUACUAAUUUAAUACCAGCCAUGGCAGAUGCUGUGAGGGCUAGCAUGAAUAGGAGUCAGAAGGGUCUGUUGAGGAGGUGGAGAGACCAUAGGGGCGGGUGUUUUCUGGAGGUUAUCUGCAGUGCAUUCAGCUGGCCACAUUGGGCUUGCGGUCCACAAACAUCCACACCCAAAGCUUUUUAUUCAUUUUUUUUCUCUGUCUUUUGCAAUGGUCUCUAAGAUCACUGAGAGUAUCUCACCACAGGGAUAACAUCAAAGCAGCAAGUUACUCAGCAUCUCAAAGGUGAGGAGGAGUAAGGCUAAAGGCUAUGCCUGGACUACCAGAGAACAUCCUCCUUGGGGAGUGCACCCUACAAUCCCAGUCCCAGGGGCAGCUCACUCCCCAGACAGAAAGCACAGUGUUCAGCCUGUCCCGCAGCGAGUCCCUCUGGACCAACGAGUCGGCCCGCAGCACAUGUGAGAUCUACUGGUUCCCAUUCCACCUCAUGUCCACCGGGGGCAGCAUCUUUGCCUGCGGCUUCAUCCUGAGUGGCCUGUAUUUUGCUGGCUACUGCAGGAAGGCCACCAACAUCCUGGGCCCGGCCCUGGUAUCCAUUGGCCUGAUGGUGCUGGUGGUGGGCGUGGUGCUGAUCCCCAUCACCAAGGAGAACAGGAAGCAGCCCACCAUGAAGAAGCCCUUCAGUUACUACAGGCAACCAGUCUUUAAAUUAUGAGGUGGGCCGGGCGGGGUAUCCCUAUCUUGUAUGCUGUUUUCCUGGAGAGUCCUCAGGCUCAAAGUCUGGUUAUCAGACCAUUUAGUUUCCCAAAAGCACAAUGGAGGAUUCGAUACUUCCCUGCUGAGCAUGGCUACAUGUUCACAUGAUGAAUGUUUGCUCUAAAGACAAUUAACUUGUAGGGAGACAUGAACCGUUCUAUUUUCUUCCACCGCUACAGAUAUAUACAGUAUUUUAAUAUCUGCAUGACAAAGUAUACAUUAUAACCAAGUUACAGGUGGUUCUUUGGCAUUUGUUCUUAAGCAUUUGAAAGUACUAGAAAAUUACCAUGCUGCCAAAUUAACACAAUUAUAAAUGUAGUCCACUGCUUUUAUGCAUAAUUAUUAGAAUGAGUGACAAGCAAAUUGAGAAGAAAGGUGUGUGCAUGUACAUUGAUGAGAACAGGAUUGAGUAUUGACAGCAUGCCUUUGUGGUAGGCUACUGAUUCAUGGAUAAUUCAAUAAAUAACAUAAGUGCUUAUUUGGGGUGGCCUAGUGGUUAGAGUGUUGGAAUAGUAACCGAAAGGUUGUAAGAUUGAAUCCCUUAGCUGACAAGGUAAAAAUCUGUUGUUCUGCCCCUGAACAAGGCAGUUAACCCACUGUUCUUAGGCUGUCAUUGAAAAUAAGAAUUUGUUCUUAACUGACUUGCCUAGUUAA